GAGCUCCUCCAGGCUGGGCCGUUCCAUUCGAUCCCUUUUUUCGCCGGCAAGGACGACGCGAGUGGAAAAAUACAAAUAAAUUAAACGAGAGUGCGAGAGGAUGGGGAAUUGUUACAGCAAAUCAGAGUGAAAGGUCAACAAUGGCUUUGUAGCUUUGUCUCUAAUUACGAGUGUUCCAUUCAGAGCCAAUAAAGGAUUCAAUCCGUUGUACAUUCAUUUAAAUUAAGCGAAAAAAGGUGGAAACUUUUCGUUUCCUCUUUCUUUAACACUGUGUGAAACAAGGAAAAACUUUUAGCGCAACGUUUUGUGUGGCUGUGUGUGUGUGCGUCUAUUUGCGGGCGCUGAUUUAUGUGUUUUGUCCUUGUUCCGCGCCAGGACGAAAGGACCUUUUUUGCUAUCCCGUUUUGUGUAUGUAGAAAACAGCCCGAGCAAGGGAGAAGAAGCCCAGCAGCAAGUUAAUCCGGUGGAAUCCCAACCGGGGACCAGCAAGCGCAGUCCACUGACCAGGAUGUCGUUCAAGCUCUUCCGCCGCGGAUCGGCGCGCUGCAUCGGCCUGCUGUCGGCGUUCGUGACGAUCCUGCUCUGCCUCUACUACAUCUCCAUUGGCCAGCCCAAUCCGGCGCCCGUUUCGGAGACGGGUGCGCCAUCGGCGGCGUUGCGGGGCUCACCGCUCAAUGCCUUCACCGGUUUCAGCGUGGGCGGAGGCUCAUCCGCGAUGUCCCACCAACAGAAGUCGCACGCCGCGAUCGUCUCGAACCAGAAGAGAUCCUCGGAGACGAAGGCGGCGGCGCAGACAACCGGGUCGCCGGAAUCGCAAUCGGAGGAGGAGUACUCCAACAGCGAUUGGGGCGACAAGUGCUACGAGCUGCUUCAGAGCAACACGAACAUAACCGCCAGCGAGGAGCACAGCAAGUUCGACUUUCAGCCGGAAUGGAUGCGCUCGAAGGAGUACUGGGAUCGUGGCUUCGAGGAGCGCUUUGAGGCGCAGAAAAAGGACAAGCAGCGACCGCCACUAAAGAUCAUAGUGGUGCCGCACUCCCACAACGAUCCCGGCUGGCUGAAGACCUUCACCAACUACUUCCAGUCGGACUCGCGGCAGAUCCUCAACCUGCUGGUGACCAAGAUGCAGGAGUACACGGACAUGACCUUCAUCUGGUCGGAGAUCAGUUUCCUGCAGCUCUGGUGGGACCAGGCCCAUCCCACCAAGCAGCGAGCGCUGCGCCGGCUGAUCGACUCGGGCCGCAUCGAGAUCACCACCGGCGGAUGGGUGAUGACGGACGAGGCGAAUGUGCACAUCUACCCCAUGCUGGACCAGCUCAUCGAGGGCCACCAGUGGCUGAAGAACAACCUGAAUGUGACGCCCAAGGUGGGCUGGUCCAUCGAUCCCUUUGGACACGGCAGCACCGUGCCGUACCUUCUGUCCGGAGCGAACUUCGAGGGCGCCAUCAUUCAGCGCAUCCACUACGCCUGGAAGCAGUGGUUUGCGCGCCAGCAGUCGGGUGACUUCAUCUGGAAGCCCUACUGGAGGGGCAGGACAGCGACGGGCAGGGACAGCGACAGCGACACUGGCAGCCUGCUCACCCACAACAUGCCCUUCGAUAUAUACUCGAUCAAGAGCUCGUGCGGCCCCCAUCCGUUCAUCUGUUUGAACUUCGACUUCCGCAAGAUUCCGGGCGAGUACACGGAGUACUCCGUGAAGGCGCAGUUCAUCACGGACGACAACCUGGAGGCCAAGGCGCAGCUGCUGCUCGAGCAGUAUGCCAGGACGGCCUCUCUGUUUCCCCACAACGUGGCCCUCAUCCCGGUGGGCGAUGACUUCCGCUACAACAAGGAUCGCGAGGUGGACCAGCAGUACCAGAACUACAAGAAGCUCAUCGAUCACAUCAUGGCCAACCGGCGCCUGUACAACGCGGACAUCCGGUUCGGCACGCCCAGCGACUACUUCGAGGCCAUCAAGGAGCGCAUGAAGGACCAUAGUCCGUCUUUUCCCACCUUCAAGGGCGACUUCUACGUCUACUCGGACAUCUUCUCGGAGGGCAGGCCGGCCUACUGGUCGGGCUACUUCACCACGCGUCCCUUCUACAAGCUGCUCAGCUCGGAGCUGGAGCACCAGCUGCGUUCCGCCGAGAUCGUCUUCACGCUGGCCUACAACACAGCGCGGCAGGCGAAGCGCGAGAAUGCGAUCAAGAUCUACGAGAAGAACUACGAGCUGAUCAUCAAUGCCAGGCGAAAUCUGGGUCUGUUCCAGCACCACGACGCCAUCACUGGCACCUCCAAGGCGGCGGUCAUGCGCGACUAUGCCAUGCGUCUGUUCGAGAGCACCCAGAACGUGGUCAAGAUGCAGGAGUCCUGCCUGGAGCUGCUGCUGCAGAAGGGUCAGCCGCGUCACCACGGCUUCCUGCUCAGCGAAUUCGAGCGGGACAACGUCAACAAGCUGCCGCGCAAGAUGCCCAUCCAGAUGGCCAGCGGGGACGACUCCAUGCCCACCGUUUCGGGGGGUGAGGGUGGAGCGGGGGGAGCGGGUGGCUCUGCUACCCUCGGAGCAGCGGCCAGCUUUGUCCUCUACAACUCGCUGGCCCAGAAGCGGAUGGAAGUCGUCACGCUGCGCGUCCAGCAUCCCAAUGUGAAGGUGCUGAACGACAAGGGCGUGGAGCUGAGCCACAUUCAGAUCAAUCCGGUGUGGAACAUCACGGACACCUACGAGCAGGGACUGGGCACCUCCGUGUCCGGCUCGGUGGGACGCAUUCGCACCUCGACGCGGCAGUUUGAGGUGAUGUUUGUGGCCGAACUGGAGCCCCUGUCCCUCAGCACGUACCGCGUGCAGGUGGACGAGGUCAACUUCAAGCGGAACAUUGCCACCAUCUACUGCGACGACUGCACGGGUGCGGGACCUGCAGCAGUGAGUCCGCCGGAGGAGGCGGAAGCCUCGCCAGCUCCCGUUUUCGAGGCUCGUGGCAAGCCAGCUGGCGACAUCCAGUUGGAAAACCCUCACAUGCGCCUGCUGUUCGACGAGAAGAGCGGUUUCCUCAAGACCAUCACGCGCAAGAACCAGAAAAAGGAGCUGCUGAAGCCGCUGCAGUGCAACAUCAAGUUCGCCGCCUACCGCAGUGCCCAGUUCCACUCGGGCGCCUAUCUCUUCAAGACCGAUCCCGAACAGAGCGAGGCCGAGAAGGAAGUGCUCGAGGGCUACACGGACAUGCGCAUCAUAAUCACCUCUGGGCCGAUAGCCAGCGACGUGACCGUCAUCUAUGGCCCCUUCCUGGCGCACACGGUGCGCAUUUUCAACACGCGAACCCACCUGGAUGCGGCCAUAUAUGUGGAGAACGACAUUGACUUUGAGCCGCCGCCCAAAAACCGGGAGACGGAGCUGUUCAUGCGGCUGGUCACCAAUAUCGACAACAUUGCCCAAGUGGCGCUGCAGCGGGAUCCUCUCAAGGAGCCGGCCGAUGCGGCCACUAUGCCCGAGCUGCCCGUCUUCUACAGCGAUCAAAACGGCUUUCAGUAUCAUGAACGAAUAAAAGUGCCGGCAAUCGGCAUCGAGGGCAACUACUUCCCCAUAACCUCGGGUGCCUUUAUCCAGGACACGCGACUCCGGCUCACCCUGCUGACCACCCAUGCCCAAGGAGCGGCCAGCUACGAGCCGGGCCAGCUGGAGGUGAUGCUGGACCGGCGCACCCUGUACGACGACUACCGCGGCAUGGGCGAGGGCGUCGUGGACAGCCGGCUGACGCGCCACAAGUUCUGGCUGCUGGUGGAGGACCUGCCUGGGGGUCAGCAUUCCCAGUUGCAGCCGCCCAGCUACAAGGUGCUCAGUCAGCAGGCCCAGCAGAUGGCCAAUGGCCUGCGCUACCCGCCGAAUCUGUACUUCGUGAGCAGCCUGGAGCAGCCCGAACUGUCCGCCGCUCUGCUGCCCUUGGUCCGGCUGCUGCCCAAGGGAGCGCUGCCCUGCGACGUGCACCUGACCAACCUGCGCACCCUGUCCGACCCGGAGCUGCAGCUGUUUCCGUCCGCCUCGGCGCUGCUCGUGCUGCAUCGCCAGGGAUUCGACUGUGGCGUGAGCGCUGGCAGGGAUUUGUCCAUGGAGGCCCUGUGCCCGUUGUCCAGCAAGGGACUGGGAAACGUGCAGCUGGGGCGGCUCCGGCUGCACACCAUCGAGGCCACCAGUCUGACGGGGACGGAGCAGAAGCCGUCCAAGGACAGCUUCCACAUACGAUCCCUGGCUGAGAUCAGUCUGGAGCCCAUGCAGUUGCGCACCUUCAACCUCACUUUCCGCGCGGAGGUGUGAGGCGGCUUGAAUCGCAUCUACCGGAAAUAUUUAUUGUAUUUAUCAGUGGUUUAGUUCGAAUAGUUAGUGGUAAGCGCCAAGUGCAAAGUUCCCAGCUUUAUUUAGUUUUCCACACGUCUACUGUCUGUCUCCAACAGUUUUGAAAGUACAAAGCACACGACAUAGUUAUAAACAUACAACCGGGUGGGUAGUUCAUUUUUGUCUAAUUAAAUAGGACACAAGUUUAUGAGUAAUUCUAAGCACGUUGGUCUUGCAGACUGCCGGAUUUAGCAGGGUUACAGAUCAAAGCUUAAGUAAAAACGAGGCUAGCAUGUUCUAAAUUUGAACUAUAUAUUAAUUGCUCCCUUUUAUCCUCUAAAUAAUAGCCUUUUCUAAGAGGCUAUAAAACCUGCAUUAAACUCUGAUUGAUCCAAGCCAAAAAUGCUUAGAGUUAGCCAUAAAUAUUUUUUAGUUUUUUUUUUUUUUUUGAUUAUAUAAAUUGACCCACCCAAACAUGCAGGAUGACAAACCUACAGCCCAACUCAAUGUAUUAUCGUCUGCCCAGGGCAAUGCAUUCCGGUUAGCCAAUCUUCCCCAGCAUCACUAUUGAAAUAUCUGUGCAAUAAACUUGAACUAAACCGCACUAUGGAAAUGAUAUAGCUUAGAUUAAGGACUAGCUUGAUUUUAGCUUGAAAUAUUUAGACAGAAAAAUAGGUAAAAUUUUUUGUUUCGUUUGCACGAUUGGCGUUCGCAUCGAUUUGUUUAGACUGAUUAGCCUAAAACGAUUGCAAAAUUGGCAUGUACGAUUAAUCUCAAUAGCUCUAACCAAUCCUAGCCCUAAAUUUAAAACUUAGCAAACCACAGUAGUAUCUCGAUUGUGAAAUCCUUAAAUAUACACAAGUGUAUGUAGGGUAUAAGUUUUAAAUGAGAAACGUAGUGGGGUAGCAAAAGGAUAAGCCAAAUAUUACAUUACAUUCACUAGCGAUAUUGUACAUAGUCGAAUAGGAUUUCCAGGCACGGUAAAAAUAGCUCUAAUAACCGAUAAACCACCUAGAUCUAAGCCCCCUCUCUCAGCUCUGGUGUUGUCGUAUACGAGAGUUAUUCAAAUAGUUACUACUGACUACAGAAACAAAGCAUUCAAAGCAAGCAAGACAUCAACUUUAGAAUACCCAGAACUUAACGACAGGCGAAUAACGAUGGAACACUUCUAACAAAUAUAUAUGUUUUGUGUAUUUAUUUAUAAAAACUUAUUACAUUAUAUCUAAUUUUAUGGAUACAAGAAAAUAAAGUAUUAAAUGAAACCAA